UGAACGUGGCCUUUCCAUGAGUUAGGUAUCCCUAAAUGGACUGCAGCCGUUAUUCAUGUAAUGGUCGGUAUAAGAUUCACGAACGGCAAAGCCUGAAACAUGAUAAAAUUGGCUUGAGUCAUGCAUACUAGUAGACAUAUGCUCGGUAUAUAUCGCGCACAUUCCCAGUUGACUGCAAGUGGAAGCUCAACAAUCAGAAUAUUCUGAAGUUAGGAUGAUAGAAAAUAUCACCUAUUGCCGACUCGACAUGCUGCUGCCUGAGGUAAAGUGGAGAUAUUGAUAACACGAGGCACUCGACAGUACUUCUCAAAAUCCCAUUAUCAAUCGCACAUAAAUUGAGCGGGAAAUAUUGAUGAAAGGUUGAAAUUUCCGCAUCAUUGAGGCUCAGGCUCCAAUUCUUGUGCCCAUGAAAAAGAAGAGGCAUCAAUGACAUAUGUCAUGUGCUUGAAAGCCGAGGCAGAUUUACUCUAUAUUGUUGAUCUGAAGUCCCCUUGAGUGUCUCCAGAGAUCAGGAAAUAUAAAUUCCCAUUACUACUCAAAAGUUUUGAUCUAGAAGGGGCUCGCAAAUCAAGAAAUUUGCUAAACAUUGCAAGGGUAGCCUUCAGCCUCUAAAUGCCGGUGCUGGUAAGGUCGUUCGAAUCUCCUUCGCUGAUGUGAAGUGUCCGAUCUAGAAAUCCCAUCUGGUGGAAUAGGAAUUUGUACUUGUUGACUUCCAUUCUCUGCCUCUAUAAUGGAUAGAGAGUUGUGGGUGGGGUGCGUUAUUCCCUCCAGCGAUUGAUAUAAAAUAGUAUCAUGCCAACAACGUGUCGUUCACUCCUAUAUGUCUAUCCUAGUUGUCAGAAUGCAGGAAUACUUCAAGCCAUGGAGCGCGAAACUGACAAUGCCAGAAAAAUAGGCUUGUUAUGAUUGUUGCUUGGAUGGUAGUCUUGAUAGACUCGGGCUGUGUUUUCUGGAACCAAGAUUUAAGUUUAUUUGAGGACCCGCAACCUUAAAUCGUCAGUUAAACAUCAACACCAACACCAAGAUACUAGGUACAUUGUCAUCGUGGCCAAUUUAUGCCAAUAUCUCAGCCCCCGUGUCCAUUAUCACGGAGUACUAUUUAUGAGUUCGAAUAAUAAUUGUCACCCGAUACAUAUCACCAGAAAUGGUUCAACAUUUUCGCCAACUAUAGGUGCAAGGUGGAACAGUUAUAGCCCAGAACAGAGUGUGCUUUUCGUACAACAGCCGUGCUGGCACGAUCUUUCGAGGCUUCCAGGGUUGGAUCAAAAAGAGCGAUUUUCAGUCUCAAGUUCAUAGCCUCCUUAGGACCUAGCAAACGGACUGCCAAAAUCCUGGUUAUUUCUCUUUGUUUGUGAGGGGAAUUGUUGACAAUCUCUGGCAAAUUGUGCUCGUUCACAAUUGACGGGCCUAAACCAACUUCAAGGUCUCUUCUUGGCAAUGGGAUAGGCAAGGGACGUGCAUUCGUCACCAACCAACCGGCUAGCUCGUCGCUAGGCUAGCCGGGGUAAUAAUAGCAAGCAGCAUUCAGCCCAGGGCGAAAACACCCAUCAGCAGAGCCAGUAUGUUAGUAUUAAAGAAGAAUAGUAUCCAGAGCAAGGAUGGAAUUUUGGCAAAGCAGGACAAAAUCGGCUCGAUGUGCGGCUUCCUUUGUUUCUUCAAUAAUCGAAUGCACAUACGGAGUAACGGAGUACAGCGUACAUAUUUAGCCGCUCUCAUGCAAGAUGCAACAUGAUUUCACCCAAGCUCCCAUCCCAUCACAUUUUACUCGCUCAACUAGUCAAUUUGAUUCGCGUUCCCCCAUCUCGAGAGCCAAGACGAAGUGCCCACCCUCGCACCACUAUUGGUGGCUGGGAGUAGCGGCAUUGGUGUGGUUGCUCGGCACCCAGCCAAGCAUCAUGUGUGAUGAAGGUGUUUUCUACAUCAGUCGAUCCUUUGGGCGACUUUAUGAGGUGUGAUUGGAGCAUCCGUGUAUCCGCUGCCGCCGCACUAAAGGUGGUCAGGCUAAGAUUGGCCCACCAUGUCAACAAGGAUGCGCCGAGGAAUGCAAAUGAGCAUCUGGCCGGCCCAAUCCCCGCUGCGAACUGAGGGGCUGAAGGGACCAAGGACAUUGUUUCUUCCCAGCCAACGAGGUGAGAGGAGGACGGGGUGGAAUGGGUGUGGCACUUAUUGGUGAAAUGUAACCGCCGACAAGGGCAGACACAACCAUGGGUGCCAUGGUCACUGCGAGCAAAAGGUAGUGCAUGGCCUUUUCUUGCAUUUGGAGGGAGAGGAGAUAUAGCCAGCCCGGCUUAAUCCUCAGAUGUUCCCCUCCACGUCUCUUUUCUCUCCUCGUUCAACUCAAUCCUUCUCUGACCUUUCUAUUCUGGUCUAUCUGGAUAUUGUGCGAGUUAAUAACUCACUAUCUGGGCGACUACUAGUCGGCCGUCUGCUGAACCCAUCUGGGCGCUUAACCACUACUUGAGCCUGAUUGAUCAGCUAUUGGAUUGCGUGCAACUUGGUGAAUGUCUCUCGUCGCAUUUCUCUUUUUCCUCUUCUCUGGCUCCUCCGCCUCCUCUUCAUCUUGCCUCCUCUUCUCACGUCUUGACUUAUCCAUUUGACAACUCUCAAUUUCUUUUCUUUCCCCUACUCACUAGCCAUCUUUAUUCUACUUACAUUCCUUUCGCUGCGGCUGGCUUCGCGAUUAUACUCAACUGGCUUCUGUCUAGAACUCAUCUCAGUUGAGAUAUAUACCUAAUAUACCGUUGGAAGAAACAGCCUUGACGUUGGCAGAUAUUCACACUGCGGACAAGUGCAAAGCGCAAUACUCGCUGGCUCGCUGAAAACAUUCAGAUGCUGUCAUAAUUCCUGUAUUGUCCUGAGUCAAAAGGAACCUCGUGGUUACACAACCCAGAACAAGUGCACUCAAUUCGCAUUCUUCUGGUUUUUUUUACCUCUCACCUUCUAAUUCUUCCUCUGGAGCUGGUCUCUUCGACGUCUACUUUCCUUGUCGUGAAUCUGCAAUAGUCGACCCACAUUCGACUUGACAGUUUGUUCAAGAGGGUCGGCGCCAAAUAACCUCCUCCGAGUGACCUGAGAUUCUGCUAUGACCAAUUCGAAUUCUAGUGGCGACCGUGCCGACCAGUAUGAGCCAGUUUCCCCUCUAGAUAUUGUUCACUCGACCCACUCAAAGUCUGCGGGCCUUUCGAUAUCUGUUCAAAAAGAACCAAGCGAACAACCAUACCAUCCAGCUGCUCUCGGCCUGAAAUCUCCUCGAACCACUCGAUUCGCAGAAGCCACAACUUUCCACUCUCCUAUCGACCCACCUGGGCAAUCCCCCUUCGCGGAUCCGCCCUCCAUGUCACAAACAAACAAACAAACCGAGGUCUCUGACCUAGGGUUCGGGUAUAUGGCAGACAACCAACCCAGCCAGGCCUCAGAACAAUCGCAGACGGCGGCAGGCCGAAACCCACCAAAUUCUCCACUGAAGAGCGCACUCAAGUCUCCUGGUGCCCCUGGACGUUCGGUUAUGCUCAGUCCUACUUUUCGUGAAGAGCAAAUACUUGAGCACCAUGAGAAGGCCACAGAGAAAGCCAAUGCCAAAGAUAUUAAAAUCAAAGCCCGUGUACGAUUAGCAAAGGUUAUGCUGCGUGGUGUGAGCUUUAGCUGCAGUCUGAUCAUCCUCGCCUUAGUUGCAGCAAGUUUUGCCAUCUUCAAUGCCACCCGCGGGUUGGCACAAAAAAACUCCUUCAGUCCUUGGGCGCCCAAUACUCCGCUGUGGCCUCAAAUCCUAGUCCUUAGUAUCGCCUGUGUGUCCCUCCUGUUUUGUAUUGGAGUUUUCUACGGAUACUGCCGUGGCGGACAUAAGCGAGCAGAAAAGGUGGCCGUUUACUACACCGUUUUCUCCGUGUUGUUUUUCAUCGUCGUACUGGUUAUGUGGGUUGUCGGUGCAGCUGUAUUGCAAAAUAGCAUAAACUCUACCUCGAACAAAGAUAUGUGGGGCUGGGCCUGCAACCCAGGUACCCGAAGGGAGCUCUACAAGGAGCAAGUUGACUAUGAGCUUGUUUGCCGUAUGCAGGAUUGGGCACUUGUAUGCUGCGUCAUUGAGAUUGUUAUUGAGGUGCUUGUCAUCAGCAUUUACGCUGUGGUCUUCUACCGCUUCUACUCCAAGCGCAAGCUACGCAAAUCCAUGGACGUCCGCGACAAAGCUCGCUCCGAUCUUUACCUCGCCCAUUUGCGAAGCCAAUCCGCACCCAAUACCCCAGGGUUCCCAAGACAUGGGCCAGCAUCGCCGCCGAUGAGCCCUUCCCCCAUGAAAGGAGACUACUAUGCUGCCGCUGAGGAGGGUUACUCAACGCAAUAUGCAACUCCCAAAACCCCCGAAGCCACCCACAUGGGCACGUCACGACCUUUCCAGCUCCGCCCGCCACCAAUCCGUGUCCAAGAUGCCACCCCUAAAAUCUCACAAGAGGGCUUCAACAUGCCAAUGUCGCCAGCUAAUCGCGAGCGCAGGAACGAACAUGUCGAUGCCGCACCCGGCGAACAGAAGUACGAAAGCGUACCGAUUCCUGGUGCUUACACGACAUCUCUUACAAGUCCCACAUUCGCUCCUGAAACACGAGGCAGCGACGUCAUCCCCGGAAUGGCAGUGACAACAACAGAACGUAUCGUACCGUCUCGCAACUCGUAAACGAGCCACAAAAAACGCCGACCGGGCUCUUUUGUUGCGAGCGUUUCUCUGUAUAGUCAGCUCUGUACGACAUUUGGCGUCUAGCUGAAAGAGAACUAUAAAACUGUACGAUAUUUUCUUAUUACAAAUUACAUAUACUAGGCAAAGAGGCCAUUGGUUUCUGGUUCGACGGAGAGUAAAACAUUCUCGGAUGCCCUUGUUUUACGAAACAAGCAGGGGACAUUUGAUUCCUGGAAACAAUCAAGUUUUCUUGUGACACAAACCGCCCACCCUUGCCGGUAUGAUUUAUGGGACGACGUCGAGCAAGAAUUCCGGUGUAGCGAGGGGCAUAUUGGCGUUAUUCGGUUUUUGAUCUGUUUCGCUUUGCUAAUACACAUACAUAUAUCCCUAUAGUUAAUACGUCAGAUAUUUUUCCUUUUGUUUAUCGUGUUGGAGCGUGUGACUGCAAAACACGAAUUUUUGUCAGUGGUUUGUCGUGUUGUCUAUUGGUGGUGUGAACUGGUCACAGAUUUCUCCCGCUUGCUUUUCGGCUGCUUUUGUUCUGGUGGAUUGAGUGAGACGGUUAAAAUGAUGGAUGGAUGGAUUGAUGGGAACUUGAACCACUACUAAGUUACCCUGACUAUGCUAUCUACCUCUUUCCUUCCGAGAUCUUUUUAUUUUCAGUUUAGCUGAGCUACUUUUAUUUAUCAUAUUUUUCUAACUAUCUCUCCUAUCACACUCAACCAGCAGUAAAUACGUCUCUGCCUCAUUUCUAUGAGUCCUUGUCGUGGCGCUCUACAAACAUCCAACUACUGUACACUUCGUUCAUGUUUAUCUAACUAUCAGUUAGUUAUGCUCAAUCAACCAAAGAUAAGAGGAUCUAAAUCAAGACUCACUCUUGCAGCUCACCUCCAAGCUAAAAUUGGAACACCCAAAAAAUGAUCGAAUUAAUUUCCCCGUAUGAUAUCCGGGGGGGUACGCGAGGAACUACAUC